UUGGGAAAUACAAAUAAAAAAAAAAGUAGGAAAAUUUGCAUAAUUACUUGAUAAGCUCCUCGAAAAAACACAAAAUAAACUACGAAAUAGAUAAAAAAAUAAUUAGUUCACCAUGUUAAACGAAGUGUAAAUUAGAAAAACAUGAAAUAACCAAAACAUACCAUUAGUUAAAGCAGCCUAAACAUUCCAAAUAAUGGCUUAAAGAAAAUGAAAAUAAAAGUUCUUAGCUAAAAUAAUCUUUCAUAUCCUUUAAUGUUAAAAUAGACUGAUACCCAACCCAGUAAUUAGUGCAAUAAUUAUUAUAUUUAAAUAUAUUAUUAACCAAAAUAUACACAAAGUAAAAUGUUUGCUUCUUUAAAAAAUAAAAUUAAAGAAGAGACGGGCUCCGAAGUGGCUGGACCAGGAGUUGCUAAUGUGCCACAACUUCAGCCACAUCAGCGUACAACUAUGAAUCAUACAGCAAACAAUAAUAAUAAUAAUCGUCUUAAAAGUCGUUUCUCCUCUACCAUUAGUGUUAAUUCGAAUGAUGACAGUUUACAGUCCGAGUCAUUAAUAAAUCUUAGACAACAGUGCCAGGAACUUUCCUCAAAAGCAUCGGAUUUGCAAAAUCGCAUUAGCCAGUUGCAGGAGGAAAAGCUGCGUGUUGAGAAAACAAAUGAAAUACUUUUGGAGACAGUUAAAGUGGCACAAACCCAAAAGGAUAUCUACUGUGAGGAACAGGAGAAGAUACAAAAUAUACAACAACAUGAAAUUGAUAAAUUACGCAGCCUGCUGUCGUUUCGUGAGCAAGAGGCCGUCGAUCGAUUGAAUGCCAUGCGUCAGCAUCAGCAGCAGGUGGAGAAUCUAACAUCGGAAUUGGAAAGAUUUAAGCAUUAUGAAACAGAGGUGGAAGAUUUGAAGGACGAACUACAACAACUUAGACAUUCCUCUCAACAAGACAAAAAUAACUUAACCACCACUCUGGCGGCCAUCGAAGAAGAAAAUCGCCACUUAAAAAUGCGUUUACAAAUUGUUGAAAAGGCCCGCAUUGAAUCCCUAAAUGGCCUCAGUGGAGACGAAAAACUACAAGCCUUGGUGCAUGAACGCAAAUUGCUGGAACAGCACCUAGAAGAAGCCCAUCUCCAGCUAUCGGAUAUAAAAAGUUCAUGGAGUGGACAGAAUCUGGCGCUAGAGACUCAGGUCAGUCGUUUGUCCAAGCAAGUGGCCGAAGAAACCACCGAAAAACGAAAAGUCUUAAAAACAAAAGAUGAUCUUAUCGAAAGGGUGAAGCAUGUAGAGUUUGAAUUGCUAAAGGCUAACGAUGAAAUAAAACAAAGAGAUGAUAAGAUAAAACUCUUGGAGGAAGAAAUUGAUGAAUUGAAUGUAGCUUUAAAAGAGUGCCGUGAAGAAAGUGAACAGCAAGUUGUUUAUGAACGUAAUAAAUCCGCUUCUUUAGAAGUGGAAAAUCGUGAUUUAAAAAAUCGUCUCGAAGCGGCUGAUGAACGUUUUGGCAAUUAUGCUGCCGAUGCGGCCAAUGUUUCGCAAUCUCUGCGACAACAAAUGCAAGACAUACAGCAACAAUUAACCGAUACUCAAGUGCUGCUGGAGAGCGAAAAGGAAGAGAAGCUUACAGCUCUAUUAAAGAAUGCCGAAAUCUCUCAAAGCGAGGAAUUGCUGAAGAAAGAAUUGCGUGAUGAAAGAGAUGAAGCCAAUGAAAUACAUGAGAAGAAUUCCUCAUUGGAAGUGCAAUUAAAAAAUAAACAAUUGGAAAUCUCAGAGUGUAAACAGAAAUUGGAGGAAAUGGAGAAAACGAUGAACGAAAAUAAUACGAAAAUGAAGGAAUAUGAUGAGUUACAAAGUGAUAUAACGGAAAAGAAUAAGACUAUUAAAGUUUUAAAUCAACGUUUAACCGAUUUAAAAAAGACUUUACAAAAGGAAUUCUCUUCGGCAAAAUCUCUCGAAGACACCAGCGAAAUCCAAAAGACUCCAACUGCAACUACAACACCAACAUAUUCCAUUGAAAAUAAUAAACUAUGUCAAAAUUGUGGUUGUUUAAUUAAAAAUAGUAUUAUAAUGGAUGAAGUGAAUUUCAAAUAUUUAAAGCAUGUCAUUGUCAAAUUUCUAACUAGCCGGGAGGUUGAAGCUCGCCAUUUAAUACGUGCCGUAGCCACACUACUUAAACUAACCAAAGAGGAAGAGAAACUCUUGCACGACACUUUAAAUUGGAAAAUGAGCUGGUUUGGCUCGAAGCCCAAUCAUGGCAGUGGCCAGCGAGCCUUUUCAAUACCACCUACCAGUUAAUAGUAGUUAGGUUGUUUGCCUAUGAAAUAUCGAAUUUUAUUUUUUCUAUUUAUUUUUAUAUUUAUAAUUAUUUACUAAUAUGCUUUAUUAAACUAAACAUAUUGCUGUAUAUUUUUGUAAUGUUUAAAUUUUGAAUUUUUUGAAAAAAAAAGUUGUAUUGUAUUUAUAAUGAUCUCUUUUCUAAGCAACCAUAUUUUGUAUUUAAAAAAACCAAAUUGUUAUACAAUUGCAUUUUUUUGUAAUCUCUUUUUUGUUUUGUUUAAUAAUAUUUUUUGUUUUAUUUUUUUAUAACUAAUUUGUUGUUUAUUAUUUUUUGGAAUACAAUAAAUUAUUGCUUGAAAUUUAGUACGAAAAA